AUGACGGAUUGCCGUAUUCGAUUGUACCAGGAGUCAGACUAUGGGAUGGUCAGAGAGGUGUAUGCUCAGUGCGUGAAGGAUCUAACCCCAGACGGAUUCUAUCAAGCCUUGCGAUUCUCCCAUAUCAGACUGUUCAUGCUGGCCAUUUUCCUGCUGUCGUUGUUAACCACUGGAUCAUUCCUUGUGUCUGUCUUGGGUAUUAUCUUGGUGAUGGUUGUCCUCUGGAUGUGCAGUAGAGAGUUUUUCCAUUCCUACGUCCAUGUUACAUUCUCAAAUGACAUGUUUGAUAUUGGGAAAUAUUAUUUGCAGAGGGAAGGUUAUGGGUUUUGGGUGGCUGAGUGUGGGGGGAAAGUUGUGGGCACUGUGGCUGCUGCUCCAUUAACACAUGUUGGCGGGAAGAAGCAUGUGGAGCUCAGAAGAAUGGCGGUGAUUAAGAGUCACCGGGGUAGAGGGAUUGCCAAAGCCUUAUGCAAGACAAUUAUUGACUUUGCUCGGAAGAAAGGUUUCCAAGCUGUUAUCUUGGAGACCUCAAUAGCUCAAGUUGGUGGCCAGCGAGUGUAUGAAAGCAUGGGUUUCCGGAUAACACACAUUUUCGAUUACCCAAAAAUGACAGCAAAAGUGAUGGGCAAUAAGUUCUUAGGUUACCAGUAUGAUAUCCUGGAAGCUGAAUGA